AUGAAGAAAACAGCUGUCUGCCUCCUGUUCCUGUUUGUUUUCUCAAGUGCCUCCAACAGCAAACUUGUAACCUUCAUCUGCAGUGAUGUCAAGACAGAAUAUAACAAAACGGCAGCAAUUUCAUGCAUUGGCAGCGAGAAGAUUACAAACGUGGUAGUUAAGCGCUGUGAAAACUGUAAUAAACAGAACUCGUGCUUAGAAAGUUUUAUUAACACGUGGAAAGGAAAGGAUUCCAGUGAAAAGGGAAGAAUUCAGUUGGUGCUACAACACAACGUUUCUGAAUUGCACAUACAGGAAGUAAAAGCAACUGAUCAAGGAGGUUAUAACUGGUAUAUUUAUUCUGAUGCUGGGGAAGACGAUGGAUGUAUAACCCUUGAAAUUACAGCUCCAGAAAUUGAGCCUAUCCUAACUAGAAACGGAAGAAAGCUCGCCUGUCUGUCAUCUAUAGGGCAUCGAGAAAGGCAGAUCCAUUGGUUCGAUGGCCACGGGACUAACCUGACGGGCAGGGCAAGCCUGGUAUCUGAGGAAGCAGAAGGUGGUUUAACCAGCCUUACCAGCACUCUCCAUGAGAAACCCAACUUAACUGCCUCCGAGUAUUGCUGCACUGUGCUGUAUGAUGUGCACACCAAGAAAAACAAAACCAAGUGCAUUAGUGCCCACAAAGCAGUCGCCGAUUACCUUCAUUUUACUUCAACUGCAGAUCAGGAAAUUCCGAAGACCAUGAAAGAGCACAUUCCCAUCAUUCUAGUGCUCAUCGUUCUGGUUCUCUGCUGUUUUGCAGCUGUUCUAUACUACAGGCACCGCCAUCAAGCAAUGGCCAGAGGGAGUUUUGCAGACCUAUUAAGGACCCUCCUUCCAAUUUUGAGACAACAUGAAAAAGCAGAAGAAAAGGCACUUAACCAAGAAUGUGACGUGUGAAAAUAAGAUGGCUCCUGAAUGAAAACGAUGAUCCAGCCUGCACCAAUGCAGCUGAAUUUAAGCAAAGCAGUAGAUACAGAAACUCAGAGAUUCAGUACAUACACGCUAAGCAAUCAAACAAUGUGAAGCAACUAGCAUUUUAAAGACUUUUUUUGUCAGACAUCUCCUGUUUUGGAGACUGGUGGCUACAUUCUCCUCUCAGUUUCACUGGUGUAACUCAUUGGUAAACGUGGUCUGAUAAUUUGAGCAGCGUUCUUUCCCUCCCUGAAACACUGAUGCUUUAAGGCCGUAUUUUCCCCAGUUUUGUUGGAAUCAAAGCUUUGUUUCCUACCUUAAUAGCCAGCCCUUUGGGAUGGGCUAAUACGGCAGCUACAUGGAUGGAACAUUUCAUCCCCUGCAUUAUGUACCAUUAUUAACCUGCAGCCAUCAGGACAGAAGUGCUGUGCACGAUCACAAAGAUCGUGUGAUGCGAGUGCCAAUCUAAUUCACCAACCAAAUGCUGUGUUGUGAGGGGACUCUGGAACUGGGAAACAACCCCUGACUCAGCACCAACUUCAAUUACUUGAAAGACUUGUCUGAUGAAUAGACACACUGAAGAGAAAAUGAAUGUAAAUAGGGCCCCAACUUCACAGUUAGAUUGCAGAAGUCAAUUGCACUGAUUUUCUUCCGACACAUGAUAAAAAAUAUAGAAAGAACAUGGGGAAUCUUUUGUGGGCUGACAGUUACCUGGAUUAUUUCAUCCUAAAGAAUGAAAGUGUGCUGUUUGUCAAGGCUUUUAAUCAGGUAAUUAAAAUAUGGAUUUAGGACACUAACUUUAGGCAUCCAUUGAAAAAAAUCUUGGCCAUGGAUUUUAUCCAAAUGUCUUGCUAUGCUGAAAGACACAGAGAUACCUGCCUUCCUCCCUCUUGCUGAAAAGCUGUGGGAGAUUCCCACAGGGCCAGAUUUUAGUAAUUUUUUCCAAACGCUCUCUGGGGAAAGGCCAGGCCUUUUGAAACCCUUGUUUAAAUAAUCUUAAUUGAAAGUUGCACCAGUGGUUGCUGGGUAUUGUAGUACCCACCAGGCUUAAACAACUUCUCCCCAAGCAGACAUACAGCUGCCUAGAAUGCCAGGGAACCUUGUCCUAGAUAACUAGUGCAUGUUUGGGAGAUGCUGGUUUGUCGUCCUCUGAAAUGUUCACUAUUAGUUGCUAUUAGAGGUAAAACACUAGCCUUGAUGGGCCGCUGGGCUGAGCCUAUAUUCCUGUGACACUUCAGUUACCCACCAGCGACACAAGGGCCUGCACAUGGAUGUGUUAGAACCUGGAGGUGGGAGGAUUUGUGAGACUAUUCGUCCUCCUGUCACUGGGUGCCUCCAUCGGUGCCCAGUGUACCGUACCUCCAGGCCAAUUUGUGUCGUCUCACAGUCACACACACAUGCCUGGCCGUUACCCUUUCACCGGGGGUAUAUUUAUUCUUUCCUUACACACUGUGAGGAUUUCAGUGCAGGGUUAUAGCAAGAGGAGGCUUCCAUGCCACCUUCACUCCUCAGCCCAGGCGCACCCUCUGAGCUCCCCUUGCUUCCUGUUCCUCCCACUUACAGCCUCCCAAUUACAUCGUUAGCCCAGGGGCUCAUAAUCCCCCGACACAAAGUGUCUAAUUGGCUUCAAUUAAUCCUGCGCUCUUGCCAGUGCUGCAGCAAACUGAGUGACCAGGGUACUAUUAGUAGUAUCCUGUCACACCUCCUCUAGCUGAGUUUUAAACCAGUUAUUAGGCCCAGGACCUAACUUCUUCAGGGCAGGAAGCUACAGAUACAAAAUUCCAUCCAAACCUAUGCAAACAGCUGGCAAUCCCAUGACCAGGUAUCCAUUGGUUUAGUUUCAGGAAUCUGUUAAUCAAAGAGGUGGAUCUUCUUAUCAUUGCUAUGCUGAUCCUCUCUCUGUUAAUUAAGGCCAAAGGCGUUUCUGCAAUUAUACUGUAUUUUACGUACAUAGAAUGUCAUGUGUAUAGAGCCAAAGAUAAUGCAGACCAAAGUCUGACACUGUCCUUUCAGAUUCUGGAGCAUCAAACCCGUAAUGGCAAUUCCAGUCGGCUCUUUUUGAAUCUUUCAGUUGGUCUAUGUUGGUUUCUAGUGCUGGGCCAGACACCAGUAGCCCAAUAAUGAAACUAUUGCUCUGUGCCAAUCAUACGAGUAUUGUUCUGUGCCAAAACUUUUUUGCCAGCAGAAUCAGUAGAAACCAGAUAGAAAUUUUCUAAUGGAAUUUCCAUUAGUGACAUUUUUAAAAUGUGAACCAAAGUUAUUCUUUUGUCAUUCAAGUUGCCACAGGAGCUUGUGUUCCAGAAUUAGCUCUAGCAUUGUCUCUGUCUGUGGAUAGCAUUUUCUUUCUUGACAUUUUUUCUUCCAGAAAGGCUCCAAGCUGGCACCAACUUGCCCCAACGCUCCUCACAGCUCCUUCCCACUUACUUCUCCCAUUGCCCUCCCCCCCCCCCCCCGCAACCGCUGCGGGCAUGGCCCAGGCCAGACAGGGCUGUGGACACUUACUGCCAAGCAGGUAACUGUGGCUGUGGGCGAGGAAGGGACAGGCUGCUAGCCCAUGAUUGUUCAUGGAGGAGUCUUGAUUUCCCUUCACCUGUAUCUCACAGAGCAGGGAGCUGAGGUGAUAUGUGGCGGGAGGGUCAUGUGGGGUCAUGUGCCCGCCCCAGAUUUCUGCCAGGGUGGGAGUGGGGCUGAGCGUGGCUGAGGGGAGCAUGCCUGAGAAACGCACCUAGCACUCCCUGACCCCUGCUAGGAGUUGCCCAUAGCAGGGAAGAGAGACGGGGCUGGCAGUCCACCCAUAUGCAGCUAUAGCUAUGCAAGACACCUACAGUAGGGGACAAUGGAAUAUUUUUUAGUUCCUCGGAGCUUACUAUUCAUACCAGAAAGAAGGGCAAUAAUCAAAGGACAUCUGCUAAUAGGUCGCCCCUGUAUGACGUUCAAGUCCCCGGUGAUAAUCAGACGCUUGUACGACCAAGGCCAUAAUAUGCAACUUCCAAAGUAUAGAAAGUUUUGAACUAAACUACUUGGCUCUGUGCCCCUUUAACCAAUCCUGGAAAUAACUGUAAUCAAAACACAAAUGUAAGUUUUAUAAUGCAAUGGAUCAAUGUCUUCUGCUAAAAUGAGAAUUGCUGGCUGUGGUGUCAUUUUAGCACCCAAUCUACUCAAUGAUAUGAAAGUUUUUCACAUAGAAAUUAAAGAGCCAUUAAAUCCACUUACUGGCAAGUGGAAAAUUAUUUCUCUAUGUUUUUAGUCUCUGGAUUCUUUCUGUCUGCUGACUGAAGAGAAGGUUUUAACCAAACAGGAUUUUGAAGUCACUGUUUUGAUUUCUAUCUUAAUUAUUAUAGUUGGAAAGAAGACUAAAAAUUGUUUAAAAUGGUUUAAAAAUUGUAUAUAAACAAGGUUUCAGGAUUCUUUUCUGGCACUUGAGGCCUUUAGUAUGAAGGACGGUUGUGCUUUAUCCUUCCAUCCCUUAGGGUUUAAAAUCUGAAUUACAAUAAUUAGCAAAGCUGAAUGGGUUUCAACCUAAUUCUCCAUUUUGGGGUAACUAAUGCAUGGGGAAUAUCUAGAGAGAAA